AGUUACAAAGCAAGAAGAAAUUAGGAAGCCAUGGGCAGGGCACGCAGGCCUCCACCUGGGCAGCACAGGCACUGUGAGAGAUGCUUCAACCGUCACUGCCACAUUCCCGUGGAGCCCAAUGUCUCCUGCAUGGUGAUAAACUGCCACCUGUCCUGUGGCGCCACCUUCCACAUGUGCAAAGAGGCAGAGCAUGAGCUCCUCUGCCCUUUAGAGCAGGUUCCGUGCCUCAACUCUGAAUAUGGCUGUCCCCUUUCCAUGUCCCGCCACAAGCUGGCCAAGCACCUGCAGGUGUGCCCCGCCAGUGUCGUCUGCUGCUCCAUGGAGUGGAACCGCUGGCCGAAUGUGGACUCUGAAACAACCCUUCAUGAGAACAUCAUGAAAGAGACCCCCAGUGAGGAAUGUUUGGACAUAGCCCUGGCCCUCCAGGACCAGAAGGUCCUUUUCAGAUCUUUGAAUAUGGUAGAACUUUUCCCAGAAACUAGGGAGCUCACUGAGGAGGAACCUGCUGUGAAUGGUGAAGCCAGCUGGGAGGACAUGGGAGGAGCGGUGGGUGGAGCGCAUGCUGGGUUAGUACCGCGUAGCUCUCUGUCGGCCACUAAGGAAGAGAUGGUAGAGCUGAGUCAAGAAGAACGUGAGAUGUUGGCCAAAACCAAAGAAGGGAUGGACCUGGGCAAGUUUAACAAGUGGGAAAAUAUUUUUAGCAAAGAGCAUGCAGCCUCUGCUUUAACAAACUCAUCAGCAAGCUGUGAGAACAAGAACAGUAAUGGCCCAGGGGAAGAACAGAUUUCCAACAGCAAUAACCUGGAAGGAGAGGACAGUGUUGAAGGGAAAGAACCACAGGAAAACCAGAAACAGCAGGACUAUCAUGCAGCUAUGGAAACAACUGGGCUUGCCCCUUGGCAGGAUGGUGUUCUGGAAAGACUGAAGACAGCUGUGGAUGCAAAGGACUAUAAUAUGUAUCUGGUGCACAAUGGGAGGAUGCUUAUCCACUUUGGUCAGAUGCCUGCUUGUACGCCUAAGGAGAGGGACUUUGUUUAUGGCAACCUUGAGGCUCAGGAAGUGAAGACUGUUUAUACCUUCAAAGUGCCUGUGAGCUACUGUGGGAAGCGGGCUCGCAUUGGAGAUGCCAUGAUGAGUUGUAAGCCAAGUGAACACAAGGCAGUAGACACUUCAGAUUUAGGGAUCACUGUGGAGGACCUGCCCAAAUCAGAUCUCAUCAAGACCACCCUCCUGUGUGCUUUGGAAAGAGAACUCAAAGGUCACGUCAUCUCUGAAUCCAGGAGCAUUGACGGGCUGUUCAUGGAUUUUGCUACACAGACAUACAAUUUUGAGUCAGGACAGUUUUCCUCUGGAACAGUGCUGGCUGACCUCCUAACCACUGCCAACCCAGGGGGGCUCCAUGUGGAACUCCACAGUGAGUGUGUGACCAGGAGGCACAACAAGAGCAGCUCUGCCUUCACUUUCACCUGCAACAAAUUCUUCAGGAGGGAUGAAUUCCCCCUGCAUUUCAAGAACGUCCACACAGACAUUCAGUCAUGUCUUGACGGCUGGUUCCAGCAUCGGUGCCCCCUGUCCUACUUGGGAUGUACUUUUAUUCAAAACCAUUUCCGUCCCCCAGGGCAAAAGGCAAAAGUGAUCUACAGUCAAGAGCUCAAGACCUUUGCUAUCAAGCCAGAGGUUGCUUCAGAGCUGAAUGAGGGAAGGAAGAACAACCAUCUCUCAGGCCAUGGAGGAAAAAGCCAGAAUUCUCUAACCAGCCUGCCCUUGGAGAUUUUACAGUAUAUUGCUGGGUUCUUGGACAGCAUCAGCCUGUCCCAGCUCUCCCAGGUAUCUGUGCUGAUGAGGAAUAUCUGUGCCACUUUGUUACAAGAGAGAGGGAUGGUCCUCUUGCAAUGGAAGAAGAAGAGGUAUUCUCAUGGAGGCACCUCCUGGAGAGUCCAUAGACAGAUCUGGCAAUUCAGCAGCCUCUUCUCUAAAAUCAACAGCUGGGAAUUUAAUGAAGUCACCUCCAUGUCUGAGCACCUGAAGACCUGUCCUUUCAACGUUGUAGAGCACAAGACCGACCCAAUUCUUUUGACCAGCAUGUGUCAGCCCCAUGAGCAGGCCCGAGAGAGCUUAGUCACCACCUUUAGAGCCAGACCACAAAAAAGACAAGCCAACUAAAGACUCAGAUACUA